UUUAAAAAUAUAUAAAUAGAAUUCUCUCUUUUCAUUUUAGAUGGAAAUUAUAUGACAGAAUAUUUGGGUAACAUCUUCCUGAAAGAUCUUCAAGGACUACAGAAGACAAAAACACUAAUGCAUUUGAGAAAGUGGUAAAGUUGGGGGGGAGGGGAAGAACCCUGCUUUCCUGAUUUGCAACUUGCCUGGAUGCUAAGAUGUCGGUGGACAUGAAUAGCCAGGGGUCUGACAGUAAUGAAGAGGACUAUGACCCAAAUUGUGAAGAAGAGGAAGAGGACGAGGACCCGGGGGACAUCGAGGACUAUUACGUGGGCGUAGCCAGCGAUGUGGAGCAGCAGGGGGCCGAUGCCUUUGAUCCCGAGGAGUACCAGUUCACCUGCUUGACCUACAAGGAGUCCGAGGGUGCUCUCAAUGAGCACAUGACCAGCUUAGCCUCUGUCCUGAAGGCCGUUGAUGCUCACUGCCAUCAGCUGCAUCCUCCCUAUGGCACUGGUGUCUCAUUCAGUUGCUAAACUUAUAUUAGUUAAUUUCCACUGGCAAGUUGCAGAGAUAUUGGACAGAUACAAGUCUAACUCUGCUCAGCUGCUUGUUGAGGCUCGAGUUCAGCCCAGUCCAUCGAAACAUGUCCCCGCAGCCCACCCCCCUCACCACUGCGCGGUGUGCAUGCAGUUCGUGCGGAAGGAGCACCUCCUCUCUCUGGCCUGUCAGCACCAGUUUUGCCGCAGCUGCUGGGAGCAGCACUGCUCGGUGCUUGUCAGAGACGGCGUGGGUGUGGGUGAGUCUGCUCUAGAGCUUCUACAAGACUGGCCUCAACUGUUUAUCUCUGACUCGGCCCUUUCAGGAGUCUCUUGCAUGGCUCAGGACUGCCCACUUCGAACACCAGAGGACUUUGUAUUUCCAUUAUUGCCCAACGAAGAACUAAGAGACAAAUACAGGCGCUACCUCUUCAGGGACUAUGUGGAGAGUCAUUACCAGCUCCAGCUGUGCCCCGGUGCAGACUGCCCCAUGGUCAUCCAGGUACAAGAGCCCAGAGCUCGCCGUGUCCAGUGCAGUCGGUGCAGCGAGGUCUUCUGUUUCAAGUGUCGCCAGAUGUAUCACGCCCCCACAGACUGCGCCACGAUCCGGAAAUGGCUCACCAAGUGUGCAGACGACUCUGAGACGGCCAACUACAUUAGUGCUCACACGAAAGACUGUCCCAAGUGCAACAUCUGCAUCGAGAAGAACGGAGGCUGCAAUCACAUGCAAUGCUCCAAGUGUAAACACGACUUCUGCUGGAUGUGCCUAGGGGAUUGGAAGACCCACGGCAGCGAGUACUACGAGUGCAGCCGGUACAAGGAAAACCCCGACAUCGUCAACCAGAGCCAGCAGGCACAGGCCAGGGAGGCCCUCAAGAAGUACCUGUUCUACUUCGAGAGGUGGGAAAACCACAACAAGAGCCUGCAGCUGGAGGCACAGACGUACCAGCGGAUCCACGAGAAGAUCCAGGAGCGGGUCAUGAACAACCUGGGGACAUGGAUCGACUGGCAGUACCUGCAGAACGCUGCCAAGCUCUUGGCCAAGUGUCGCUACACCCUGCAGUACACGUACCCGUAUGCGUACUACAUGGAGUCUGGACCCAGGAAGAAGCUGUUUGAAUACCAGCAGGCUCAACUGGAGGCUGAGAUCGAAAACCUGUCCUGGAAAGUGGAGCGCGCGGACAGCUAUGACAGGGGGGACUUAGAAAACCAGAUGCACAUAGCAGAGCAGCGGAGGCGCACCCUGUUGAAGGAUUUCCACGACACCUAGGCUGCCCUUGGCGAGCGCGAGGGAGGAAGAGGUGGCUGGAGCUCGCCCGGCUGCUGUUCUGCAUGCUGCGGGCUCUGCCUCUCACGACCCCAGGCAGCAGCCAGGCCUACUCCUGAGAGACCCUGGCACACACCUCAGUCCACUUCUGUUCUGUUUCAUCUUUCUUUUUGUUUCUCCUACGGUCGAGGCCCUGUUGAAUUGGCCUCUUCAGGAUUUGUAAUUCCCCCUGGACGGUUGUUGGGAGGGAGGGAAAGUUUUUUUGAAUGACUAUUAAUAGUAUUAGCUCAUUACAACUUAUGUGAUUUUCAAAGGUUGGAAAAAUGUACCAAAAAAAAAAAA